GGAUCGCGCGGGUGACGGGAACGAGCAUCAGGCGCGCGCUUCGAAAGGGGUGGCAGCGUCUCCAGGCAUGGCGGCGCCUCUGUGGAACUGACGACCCCAUCGCCCGUAAGGCGGCGGGACAGCGGCCGCGCCCGGCAGGAGGGCCCGGGGUAGGGUUCCUGGCUCCGAACGAUCCCAGACCGAGUGUGUAUUUACGGCUGCAAUUUCCACAGAGUCACCAAGAACAACACGAGUACCUUUGGGACAAUCUGCAGUAACCAGGAUCACAGGGAGCGAUCCGGAGCAAAACGAUCACCGCGUAGUGAUCCGGAGUAAAACGGUCAAUCGGAGCGAUUCGGAGUAAAACGAUUACCCGGAGCGAUCCGGAGUAAAACAAUCACCCUCUGUGAUUCAGAGUAAACGGGAUCACCAAGAAUGAUCCGGAGUCACUGCGAUCACCAGGAGUGAUCCGGAGUAAAACGAUCUGCAGGAGUGAUCCGGAGUAAAGCGAUCACCGGGAGUGAUCCGGAAUAAAGCUUGAUAUCAAAGCCACCAGUUCGAGCCUCCUGAGCAUUCCCGGGUGAAGCCCAGGCCUGGUGUUAUAGUCGGAACCUUGGAACGUCAAAAAUGUCUUUCUUUAACUUUCGGAAGAUUUUUAAGAUCGGCGGGGAGAAGAAGAAGAAACAGUUUGAACAUGUGAGGAAAGAUGUAAAUCCCGAGGAGAUCUGGGACAUCGUUGGCGAGCUUGGUGAUGGGGCAUUUGGCAAAGUCUAUAAGGCACAGAACAAACAGACCGGAGUCCUUGCUGCUGCAAAGGUGAUUGAGACCAAGACUGAGGAGGAGCUGGAAGAUUACAUUGUGGAGAUUGACAUCCUGGCAUCCUGCGACCACCAGCACAUUGUCAAGCUGCUCGAUGCAUUUUACUAUGAAAACAAGCUGUGGAUCCUGAUCGAGUUCUGCGCUGGAGGGGCGGUGGAUGCAGUCAUGUUGGAAUUGGAGAGGCCACUGACUGAACCCCAAAUUCGCGUCAUCUGCAAACACACCCUGGAAGCACUGAACUACCUGCAUGAUAACAAAGUGAUCCACCGAGAUCUCAAGGCUGGGAACAUCCUGCUCACCAUGGAGGGCGAUGUGAAGCUAGCUGACUUUGGAGUCUCAGCGAAGAACAGCAGGACACUACAGCGACGGGACUCCUUCAUUGGGACUCCUUACUGGAUGGCCCCUGAGGUGGUCAUGUGUGAGACAUCGAAGGACAAGCCCUAUGAUUACAAAGCUGAUGUUUGGUCGCUGGGUGUCACUCUGAUUGAGAUGGCCCAGAUGGAGCCUCCGCAUCAUGAGCUCAACCCCAUGAGGGUACUGCUGAAAAUUGCUAAAGCCGACCCCCCCACCCUCGCUCAACCUUCUCGCUGGUCUCCCGAGUUCAAUGACUUCCUGAAGAAGGCAGUGGAGAAGAACGUGGAGCAGAGAUGGUCAUGCCAGCAGCUGUUACAGCAUCCAUUUGUGGUGAAUGUCAACAGCAAUAAGCCAGUGAGGGAGCUGAUCGCAGAGGCGAAAGCAGAGGUCACGGAGGAGAUUGAGGAGAGCAAGGAGGAUGAAGAGGAAGAAGACUCCGAAAGUGCUGCGGCUCUGCCGGGACAUAAGCGUGCCCCCUCAGACAUCAGCACAGCCAGUUCCGAGGAUGAGAAACUCUCCCAGUCUCUGUCCAUCCUUGAGUCUGUCUCUGAGAAGAUGGAGACUGAGACCAUGGAGGAAAACAUGGACAAGAGCAGUGACAAGCUGUCGGAUGAGGGGAUUGGCACCAGCGAAAGUGAGAAGCCUGAGAGUGACAGGAUGAUGGAGAAUAAUGUUUCUGAUACCAGCAAUGAAGAGCUACAAGCAGGCAGCGAGAACCUGGACCCUGCCGCACCUCAGGAGAAGCCCAAGAUCGAGGAGCCCAUCGCAGAUGUCCCAGUGGCUGAGAGCAGCACUGAAGAAACUCCAAAGGAAAGUGAGGCAUCUGAGAAUGUUAGAGAGCCACAAGAGGGAAAGGACACUAAGCUGGAGGAAGGAAAGGAAGAUGGAGAGGAAAAGAAAGUGGGAGUGCUCGCUGAGAAAGGGGAUGAAGUAGACAAGGUUAAACUGACAGAGCGGGCGGACGAAGCAGCUAAGGGAGAAGAUUCCACCAAGGUGGAAGAUGUUAGCCUGAAGCCGAGAGAGAGUGACAUUUCAGCAGGCCCAGAAAUGGGUGUUGGAGAUGGGGACCAGAAAGAGGCAGAGCGGGCUGUAAAUGCUCCAGCUGCCCCAGAAGUGAGUGCUGGAGACGGGGGCCAGAAGGCAGUCGAGCAGACUGUGAGCGUUCCAGCUGCCCCAGAAGUGAGUGCCGAAGACGAGGGCCAGAAGGCAGUCGAGCAGACUGUCAGUGUUCCAGCUGCUAUAGGUGAAGAAAGAAAGCAAGAGGAGCCAUCCGCGGACCUGGUGGGCACUGCAGGAGUUCCCCUGAAGCAGGCUGUAACUGAGAAUCACGUAAAACCGGAGGACACAUCUGAGACGGGUGUUGAGGACAAGCUCCAACAUGAAAUCAGGCCUUCCACAGCGGAAGGAGGGCCGAGUGGGGAAUUAAAUGAGGCACAGACUGUUGUUGAAUCCAGUGGGAAGGAAACUGAGAGUGUAAGCCAGAUGGACAUAAAGCCAGAAACUACCUCUGAAAUCACUGACACUGUAGAGGUGAAGAAAGAAAAUUUAGAGCCUGUUCCUCAAUUGAAGAGCAUGAGUAAAGAGAAGGAGAAAGAUGCAGACUCUGGCAGCGGUUCGAUGGCUGACAGCAGCAGUAUCGAUCUGAAUCUGUCCAUAUCCACCUUCUUGUCUCGCAAUAAAGAAAGUGGAUCAAUAUCGUUGCAGGAAAUGAGGCAGCAGAAGAAGACACUGAAGAAGACUCGGAAGUUUAUGGUUGAUGGUGUGGAGGUCAAAGUGACAACAUCUAAAAUAGUGACGGACAAUGACAAAAACAAUGAAGAAAUGAGGUACCUCAGGCGUCAGGAACUGCGUGAGCUGAGGCUGCUACAGAAGGAGGAGCAACGCACACAGCAGCAGCUCAGCAACAAGCUACAGCAGCAGCGCGAGCACAUCUUCCGCCGCUUUGAGCAGGAGAUGACGAGUAAGAAGCGUCAAUAUGACCAGGACAUUGAGAACCUGGAGCGGCAACAGAAGCAGACCAUUGAGCGCCUUGAGCAGGAUCAUACCACCCGGCUGCGGGACGAGGCAAAGAGGAUUAAAUCCGAUCAGGAGAAGGAGCUUUCCAAGUUCCAGAGUAUGUUAAAGAAUCGCAAAAAGGAGGUUAAAAAUGAAGUGGAUAAACUUCCCAGAGAACAGAGAAAAGAGCAAAUGAAACGAAUCCGAGAGGAGCUCUCGCAGUCCUUGCAUGCUCAGGAGCAGGAAUUCUUGCAGAAACAGCAACAGGAGUUGGACGGGGCGCUGAAGAAGAUAAUCCACCAACACAAGCUGGAGCUCGCCACCAUUGAAAGGGAAUGCCUCAAUAACAAGCAGCAGAUGAUGCGAGCUAAGGAGGCGGCGAUAUGGGAGGUGGAGGAGCGGCACCUGCAGGAGAAGCACCAGCUUCUGAAGCAGCAGUUGAAGGACCAGUACUUCAUGCAGAGGCACCAGCUGCUGAAACGGCAUGAGAAGGAAAUGGAGCAGAUGCAGAGAUACAACCAACGUCUAAUUGAGGAGCUGAAGAAUCGGCAAACCCAGGAGAGAGCCAGGUUGCCCAAAAUCCAACGCAGUGACGCCAAAACACGUAUGGCCAUGUUCAAAAAGAGUCUGCGCAUUGGCUCGUCGAGUUCACCUGAACAGGAUCGGGAGAAGAUUAAACAGUUCGCCAGCCAGGAAGAGAAGAGGCAGAAAAACGAGAGACUCCAGCAACAUCAGAAACACGAGAACCAGAUGAGGGAUCUACAGCUCCAAUGUGAUGCCAACAUCCGGGAAUUACAGCAGCUCCAGAAUGAGAAAUGUCACUUACUGAUCGAACAUGAGACGCACAAACUGAAGGAGGUGGAUGAGGAGCACUGUCAAGAACUGAAGGAAUGGAGAGACAAGCUCAGGCCCAGGAAGAAGGCUCUAGAGGAAGAAUUUGCUCGCAAGCUGCAGGAGCAAGAAGUCUUCUUCAGGAUGAGUGGAGAGUCAGAAUGCCUCAACCCGUCGGCACAGAGCCGGAUUUCUAAGUUCUACCCUGUCCCGAGCCUGCACUCCACAGGGUCCUAAGUCCUGGGGCUCCUGGUAAUCUUUCUCUUUCAGUGUAACAGAUCCAUCUAGUAGUGCUGAUUCAGUAAAUUGCAGCAAGUGCUCUGGCUGCCUCCCUACCACCUUGGAGCUUGGACACAAUCAGCAUGUGCGUGACUGUUGGGAUUGAAAUCUCUCACCUUAUGGGAUAGCUUGUGUUGAAGGUCCUGGAGAAAUUGUGUGUCUUCAUCUGCCACCAGCCAGAGAGUGGUAUCACAUCCUCAAGGAUGUUCUGCAACACGCUUCACUGACCUGUGAGCACAGGGUGAGGGGCCACUGGUCGGCAGUAACUCUCCAGAGAGGUGGGCAGUGUGUGAUGAGAUCUCUGGGAGCGGGUACCACCAGGCUCGGUGCAUGGCUGCUCUGUUCAGUCAGUGUUCAAGAUCUCUGCAUCAUUGACGAACUCAGAGAACUGAGGACUUUCAAAGCCCCUCACCUGUGAUUUGCAUCUACUCCACUUAUUUCCUCUCCCACUCUGAAUGGAGGUGCCGAGGAGCUCCUUCGGUACAAGGUGCAUGCUUCGACUGAGGACCACUCGGUGCCCAGCGGUUCAGACAGUGCUGGGUGCUGGGUGGCUCCCCAGGUGGGUCUUGCAGGAACUGUGUCAGCAUUUUACAGGUGAGGCCCUUCAUUCUGGACCAUAGACUCUGCCUGACCCUGGUUCUGUUGUCCUGUGAAACGGGAUAUACUUCCUAAUGUCAUCAAUUUCAUCAGCACCUCCAACCCCACACACAGGUCUAUCCAACCUCAGAGUGUCCAUGGGGAUGGGGUCCCUUAGAGUUAUGGCAAAAUGGAGUCCAAACUGCUCCCUGCUGUGGGGGCUCACAGUGCUGCAGGGCUUCUUGCUGUGGGGGUUUGCACCACUGUUGGGGCUCUGUGCUCUGGGAGCUCAUGCUGUUGAAAAGGCUCCCUGCUUUGGGGGUUCACACUGUUGAGUCUGCUCUGCUCUGUGGAGGAGUCUCCCUGCUCUGGGGCUCACACUGUUGAGUCUCUCUGCUCUGGGGUUCACACUGUGAGAUGUCUCUGCUCUGGGGUUCACACUGUGGAGGAGUCUCCCUGCUCUGGGGCUCACACUGUUGAGUCUCUCUGCUCUGGGGUUCACACUGUGAGAAGUCUCUGCUCUGGGGUUCACACUGUUGAGUCUCUCUGCUCUGGGGUUCACACUGUUGAGUCUCUCUGCUCUGGGGUUCACACUGUUGAGUCUCUCUGCUCUGGGGCUCACACUGUGAGAAGUCUCUGCUCUGGGGCUCACGCUGCUCGGCGGAGACUCCCUGCUGUAGGAGCUUGUGGUAUUGCAGAGGCUUGCACUGCUGCUUGGGACAGGGUGAAGCUGUGCUGGUGGGAUGUUCCCGGGCACCUGCUGCCAUUGUGAGUUCCUGGCUUUGGGAGCAGCCUGGUGGGUGACUGCUGUGAGUCCACCUGCCGCCUCUCAGUGUGUCAGUGACGGAGUGGGUGUACCAAUCACCUUCACAAUAUAAUCAGCACUACACUAUUAAACUACCUUUGCAUUUCACUAAAUAGCCACUUAGAUGACCGUCACUACAUUAGUGAAGCACCAGUACACUUAGCGGUCAAUGAGUUGGGCACUAACCAAGGCAGCACUGUCAUUGUGAGUUUGGGGUGCUUCAAAAGUUCUUAAUGUACUGUUCAAGGACAGGGGCUGAGUCCUACCAUCCGUCACAUUAGUGAGUGCUAGUGAGAUGCCUUCUGAGUUUCAGAGUGGUUUGAGAUUUAAUAUGACCUACAACUCAUCUUGAUGCAAUUCUGUUCACCUCUAACCCUUCACCUCAUUGUGAGGGUCUACCUCUGACCUUUACCUCAGUGUGAGGGUUCACGUUUCCCCUCCACUCUUCAUCUCAAUGUAAGGGUUCACCCUCCACCCUUCAACUCAGUGUUUUAGGGGUCACUCUUCACCUUAGUGUGAGGGGUCAUCCCCAACCCUUCCCCUCAGUCUGUGGAAGGACAUAUUGCACAUAUUGGAGUUCACUCCAGGCAUUCCCUACUCUAUGGCAGACACUGUCCCUGGGUUAUUCCAAAGGAUGAGGUGUUGCCUUGACAUAUUCCUCUGUGCGUGGUGAUGGUCGAAGGCCAC